AAAUAAGGAAAAUUAGAGCAGUAUGUAUAGCCUUUCCAAAUAUCGGGUGAACAGCAUGACAAGUGCUCAGAGGGUUGCCUGUAAGGAUACCAACACUCAGUCAUCCCUCACCCCAUCUGGAUCGCUUUUGGCCCACAGAGCUAUUUCCAGCAGCACAAAGCACGGCCCAAAGGAUUCAGGUGCCCAGAAUAUGGCUGUCGCCGGCAGGGUCCCUAUUGAGUCUGGCUCCAUGGCUCAGCCACCAAAGGAAGGCCCUGAGCGCGUAUUCACCAUUGAGGACUUUGAGAUUGGGCGUCCUCUGGGCAAAGGCAAGUUUGGGAACGUCUACCUGGCUCGGGAGAAAGAAUCCAAGUUCAUUGUGGCACUCAAGGUGCUCUUCAAAUUCCAAAUGGAGAAGGAAUCCGUGGAACAUCAGCUACGACGGGAGAUUGAAAUCUAGUGUCACCUCAGCCACCCCAAUAUCCUGCGUCUUUACAACUACUUCCACGACUGGAAGCGUGUAUAUCUGAUCCUGGAGUAUGCCCCUCGCGGCGAGCUCUACAAGGAACUGCAGAAGCACCGGAGCGCCACGUACAUGGAAGAGCUGGCUGAUGCCCUCCUGUACUGUCACAGCAAGAAGGUCAUUCACCGUGACAUCAAGCCGGAGAACUUGCUUAUGGGGCUGAAGGGGGAGCUGAAGAUUGCUGAUUUUGGCUGGUCCGUGCAUGCCCCCUCGCUCAGGAGAAAGACCAUGUGUGGGACUAUGGACUACCUGCCCCCUGAGAUGAUUGAAGGCAAACCACACAAUGAGAAGGUGGAUCACUGGUGCAUUGGGAUCCUGUGUUACGAGUUCCUGGUGGGGCACCCGCCCUUCGAGACCGCCUCCGCCCCAGAGACAUAUCGCUGCAUUGUAUCAGUAGAUCUUAAGUUCCCCCCAUUUGUGACAGAAGGGGCCCGGGACUUGAUUUCAAAGCUGCUACGCCACAACCCGGCUGAUCGACUGUCACUUCAGGGUGUGAUGGAGCACCCUUGGGUGAAAGCCAACUUGCGGCGGGUGCUGCCUCCUGUCUAUAACGCUGGGCCUGUGAACUAGCUCUAAGGAGUGACACGUGAGGAGGAACUGGUUAUAACCGAGCAAUGGCCCAGGCAGAAUUUUGGUCUGGUUGUGUUUUAAGGCUUUCUUUGAAAU